UUCAUGUGGACAGGCUAGCAGAAGUGCGGCUCCACCAGUCCCUCCUUGACCCGCCCAUCCACCGCUGCUCUCUUAGCUUGGUCAGGUGUUCGUUGUUCUCACACAUAAACUUUGCCUUUAGAUAAUCGAUCAGAUUCUUAGUCAAGACAAACGCUGUCGCGGCGAUGUUGAAACGGAUAUUUCAAAUGACUCCCGGGAAGGGAGGCUCCCAGAAUGCGGAGUCGGAGCAGCCCAGCACAGACCUCAACCACGACCAGACCUCUGAGGGCUUCAUUUGUCCCCAGUGCAUGAAGUCUCACAACUCUGCCGAGGAGCUGUUCAAGCACUACGAGCUGUUCCACGACACGGGAGACCUCCCCGCCCACGUGGCCCCCACUCGCGAAGACCUCACGAUGCUUCGGCAGGAGGUUCAGGACCUGCACGCGUCUCUCAAGGAGGAAAGGUGGUUUUCUGGGGAGCUGAAGAAGGAAUUAGACAAAGUCCAAGGGCAUCUGAAGCAAAAUGAUGAGCAGACGAGCUCAGAGGGUUCAGUCCUUGAAAGGAAGCUGAAUGAAGCAGAGACGGAGAAGUUCAACAUUAAACAGAUGAAAGACCUGUUUGAGCAGAAGGCUGCGCAGCUGGCAACCGAGAUAGUAGACUUGAAGUCUCGCUACGACGAGGAGAAAAGCCUGAGAGAGGCUGCCGAUCAGAGGGUCUCCAGUCUGAGCGAGCAGCUGCAGAACGAGAAGCAGGAGAAGGAGAGGCUCCACACGGAGCUGCUGCAGCGGCCGGGAGUGGAGGAUGUGGAGGUCCUGCAGAAAGAGCUGGUGCAGGUGCAGACCCUGAUGGACCGCAUGACCCGCGAGAGGGAGGAGGAGUCCGAACGCCUCAAAAACCAUUACGAGGAGCUGCAGGCCAAUUACACUACCUCAGAGGUGACCAUAUCGCAACUCAAAGCGGAGCUGGCGAAGGGGCCGCAGGAGGCCGCCGUCUACACGCAGCAGAUCCACCAGCUGCAGGGCAGCCUCAACAGCCUGCAGCAGCAGUGCCAGAACUUAUCUGAAAAACUGGUGCGUAAGGAAAAGGAGCACCAAGAACUGGAAGAGCAUCUGGGAGCCGAAAAAGCUGCCAAGCAGGGAGUCCAGGACAGCCUGAGGGAGAGGGCUUUAGAGGUGCAGGAGCUCCAGGCUCGGGCCGCGGGGGCUGAAGCCUCGCUGCAGAAGGCCCAGAUGCAGCUGACGGAGAAGGCCGAGGAGGUCACGAAGCUGAAGAACGAGAUCACCGAGCUGGAGCUGAAGCACACCGAGCUGAAGGUGGAAAGAAAGCAGCUGGAGCAGCAGAGGGAAGAAAAAGAGAGCCAAGGGGCUCAGCAGCAAACGGAGAUCAGCCAGCUGCACACCAAACUGCUGGAGGCAGAAAGGCAGCUGGGCGAGGUGCAGGGACGGCUGAAGGAGCAGAGGCAGCUUUCCGGGGAGAAACUGAAAGAUCGAGAGCAACAAGCGGCCGACCUGCAGCUCAAGCUCUCUCGUGCGGAAGAGCAGCUGAAGGAGAGCACCAGUAAGAGCACUGACUUGCAGCACCAGCUGGAUAAAGCCAAGCAGCAGCACCAGGAGCUGCAGGCUCUGCAGCAGAACACCAACGGCAAGCUCCGUGAGGCCCAGAACGACCUGGAGCAGGUUCUGCGUCAGAUUGGGGAUAAAGACCAGAAGAUCCAGAACCUGGAAGCUCUGCUUCAGAAGAGCAAAGACAUCGUGAGCCAACUGGAAGCUGAGAGAGAGGACUUGUGCGCCAAGAUCCAGGCUGGGGAGGGGGAGACGGCGGUCCUUAAUCAGCUGAAAGAGAAAAACCAUGCACUGCAAGAGCAGGUGACACAGCUGACUGACAAGCUGAAGAACCAAUCAGAGAGCAACAAGCAAGCCCAGGACAACCUACACAAGCAGGUCCAGGAGCAGAAGACGCUGCUGCGCUCAGCUCAGGACCGAGCUCUCACCCUGGAGACGUCGGUCACUGAACUCACCGCCCAGCUCGCAGACAGCAAGGAGAGGGCAUCCCAACUGGAUGCUCAGCUGAAGGCAAAAACAGAGUUGUUGCUGUCUGCGGAAGCAGCCAAGGCUGCACAGAAGGCCAACCUAGAGAACACCCUGGAGACGGCGCAACAUGCUCUGCAGGACAAGCAGCAGGAGCUCAACAAAGUUCAGAAGAAGGUGGAGGAGAAGGCCCAAAGGCUCAAAGAAAGACAGGAGCAGUGUGCACAGCUGGAAAGCAGUCUGAAGGAAUGUAAAGACAAACUACUGGCCUCGGAGCAGCGUGUUGAGCAGCUUGAGGGGCUCAUCAAGAAACUGGAGUCGCAGGUGGCGGAGGCGCAGACCAUGUGCCACCAGGGGCAGCAGGAGCAGCAGAAGCUGCAGAAGGAGAACUCGGAGAUGAAAAAGAAAGCCAAGGAGCUGCAGCGCUCCCUGGAGACUGAGAAGGAAGGAACUAAAACUCUACAAGAGGAAUUAAAGAAGAAAGCUGCGGCUUUGAGUGACGCUCAGCAGCAGCUGGCGCGCUGUGAACAGGAGGUGACCGCUCUGAAGGGGAAUCUGGACAAGGUGGUGCAGGAGGGAAAGACUCAGCAAGCAGAGCUGGACAAGAAAGCUCAGAGUCUGGCAACAGACCUGCAAAAGGUCCAACAGGACAAAGAGGCACAGAGGAAGGAGCUUGCCACUACUCAGGAGAGCUUAGCAAAGGCUAAUAAGGCACUAAAAGAGAGUCUGAGUCAACUGGACACGGAGAGGAAAAAACAUAAAACAGCCAUGGAGGAAAAGGAAAAGUCCAAUGUAAAGUCAAGACAGGAGCUCCUGAAAGCUAAUGAAGCUAUCGCUAAGACAGCAAAGGAAUCGAAAGAGCAGCUUGAGCUGAUGAAAGAGGCAGAGAAACAGCUGAAAGUGCAGCUGACCUCAUUAGAGCAGCAGCACUCCAAGACUCAGGGGACAGUAAAGGAAAAGGAGACUGAGCUGGACAAACUGCGGGAGCAAAUCAAGACGAUUCAGGGUUCAUUAGGGGCGGAGGUUAAGAAACUAAAAGGCCAAGUGAAGGAGCUCCAAGAAGCCAGUGUCAAGAAGGUGGAGGAGGAGAACAAGCUGAGGGCUCAAGUGUCUGGGCUGGACCAGGAGCUGGUCUCUGAGAAGAGCCGGACGGCAGAGCUGCAGAAAGCUUUGGAGCAAAGCCAGGAGAGCCUCAAGAAGCUUCAGUCUGACCUGUAUGGCAAAGAGUCUGAAGUUUCUGCCCUACGUCAAGACCUAAAGGCAACAGAAGAGAAACUGAGCGUGGCUCAGGAGGAGAUGGCCGCUAACCGAACCCAUCAGACCGGUUUGGAGGCUCAGAUCCAGGAACUGAAAGCGGAUCGGGGCUCGCUGGAGCAGGAGCUGGCCAAACGAGACCAGAACCUCCAAAAGCAGGAGCAGACCCUGAAAGAGCUGCAGGAGAGGGAGGGUCGAGGUAAAGAGGAGCUGCAGAAGGAGAAGAGCAAGGUGGAGGAGCUGGACAAAGCCAGGAGUGCUUUGGAAACGAGUAACGCUAUGCUAGCAGCUGAGUUAAGAGCACUGGCAGUGAAGGGCGAGAAGGAACUGGGUGAGUUGCAAGAAGCCAAACAGCUGCUGAUCCAGCAGAAGCUGGAGCUGCAGGGUCAGGUGGAGGAGGCGCGGGGCGCCCUCAAGCAGGAGCAGACGGAGCACCAGGCCACCAGGGACAGCAGGAGGAAGAGGGAGGAGCAGCUGCUGGCCCAAACGAAGGACGUCCAGGACCAGCUGGCAGCAGAGAGGCGAGCCGGAGAGGAGCAGGUGAAGCGCGGGGAGGAGGCCGAGGCCAAGCUGAGCGUGCAGGUGACGGCUCUGAACGAGAACGUGGCCACGCUGAAGAGGGAGUGGCAGGGCAGCCAGCGCCGAGUAAGCGAACUGGAGAAGCAGACUGACGAGCUGAGGGGGGAGAUCGCUGUGCUGGAGGCCACCGUCCAGAACAACCAGGAUGAGCGGCGGGCUCUUUUGGAAAGGUGCGUGAAGGGCGAGGGCGAGAUAGAAAAGCUGCAGGCCAAGCUGAUGGAGCUCAGGCGGAAGCUGGACGAUACGACGGCGGCCAUGCAGGAGCUGGGCCGGGAGAACCAGUCGCUCCAGAUCAAGCAGUCCCAAAGUCUGACCAGGAAGUGGGCAGAGGAUCACGAAGUCCAGAACUGCAUGGCCUGCGGGAAAGGCUUCACAGUCACUGUCAGGAAGCACCACUGCCGACACUGCGGGAACAUCUUCUGUGCCGAGUGUUCAUCCAGAAACGCCCUCACGCCGUCCUCUAAGAAGCCAGUACGAGUGUGUGAGACGUGCUUCGAGGAGCUCCAAGGCUGAUCCGUCCAUUUCUUUACCCCUCCCCUGUCCCAGUCGUCCCUUUUACCACCCCUCACCUCUUCCCCCUCUCCCCCACCCUCUCUACCCCUGUGGGCAGAAGACCACAAGUCGUGUCAUUUUUAUUGUGCACUAUGAGGGACCGACCCCGUUCAGACCCCCGCCUGCAUGGGCUUUCGGCCCCCAGGGUAGAAGGUAAAUAUUAAAGGGAUCUGCCGAGGAGACGCCAGAGUCAGGUGAUGGGGUUGGAUCGAU